AUGGCUCGAUUGGCUGAAUCUCCUGCGCCGCCUAACGGCACUCAGUCGGUCAAGAAACCUCAGAGCACAAAGAACGGCGCAUUUAACACCUUCCUCUCAUCACCGGGCAAGCCCUCCGGCUCUCAGUCGCCGCACCCGAACAAGCGCAUCAAGAGCCUCGCGCCCACUGGAACUCCCCGUUCGGAUGCAUCGCGAUCCCGUUCGCCGCCUUCGCAAAACCCCUCUCCGCGCCUCCCCGUAAGCCCUUCGCCGCGCAAGGCUUUGAGCGAUACCGCCGACGACGUGGAUACUGCCGACCGUAGCACGCCUGCCGAUACCGUUACUGCCGCUACUCCCGCCGAGAACGAUACCUCAGAGCCGACCUCGUCCACUGCCCCAGUCACUGCCAUGGAGGCUACCCCUGACGCUGAAGCCUCCGGGUCUACACCGGAACCCAGUGCACCCCGGACUGGCGUUGUGUCCUCUGUUCGCAAGACAUUUUCCAACGUGGUCAACAAUAUAACUGGACAGCGCACUGGUACUGCAACUGUCACAACAACCUUUGAACAGACCAUCGUGAGCCGCAAGCGCAGUAGAGAGCCGAAUGUAGAGGAAAGUCCUGCUCCUGCUGAUAAGGAGGCCGAUCAAGAGAUUGAGGCUGCGAAUGGCACUGAAGGCAACACCACUAUCCAGCUCGGAAACCAGUUUGAAGCCGAAGUAGAGGCUGAGGAGAUUCGCGCAAAGAGCCCAGUCAAGGAGGCAGUACAAGUGGCUUCUCCUGCAGCAGAGGAUGCCGAGAUCAACGUUGCCACGUCCAUUGAUAACGCCGACACUGUUGAGGCUGCUCCUACGGAGAACUCGGCUACGAAUGCGGCGGGCGACGAGGACGUAGAGAUGGACGAUCCAAAGAACGGCAUGUUCGUGUUUGACAAGAUCCUUGGCCAUCGCCGCGAUCCUAACGACAAAACCCUUUUUCAAAUGCACAUCAACUGGAAGCACGACGAUCCCACGUGGGAGACUGAACAGACUAUUCACGAGGAUGCCGAGGAAGCACUGUUUGCGUACUGGAACAGCCUCAAGGGUGGCAGGCUAGGUGCCAUGGCCGACAAGAAUCUCUGGCACGCUCUCCGAGUAGAAAAGCACAAGCAGAAGCCUUCUGGCGCAGUCCAGCUCUACGUUUGCUGGAUUGGUUCCCCUGAGCGAUCAUGGGAGCCUGAGUCGCAAGUCGAGGUGUAUGCCCGACAGCACGUCGAGAAUUAUUGGAAGUCCAAGGGUGGACGCGAGAAGUGCAUCAAAGCUGUUGCCAUGCCUGUCAAGAAGGGACGCGGUCGGCCUCGCAAGAACAAUGCUGCCGAGUCAGAUGUCGAGGUUGAGGUCUUGAAAGAAGCUUCAAGGGAGCCUAAGCCCAGGGGCAGACCCGGACGCAAGCAGAAGCGUGACGACACCGCGGCUGAAGAGUCGCAGCCUGAGAAGUCUGAAGAAGCAUCCGCUGCAGAGGAUAAGCCCGAGCCUGCGGCCAAGGAGCAGUCUGAAGCAGACGAAGAGCCCCCCAAGAAGCGUGCUCGCGGCCGUCCUCGCAAGGUUAACGCAUGA